AUGUUUUCUCGUUCUCUUUUUCAAACUAGCAGACCGAUGGUCGCCAAAUCGCAAGUCCCAAAAGCGGUCAGAUACGUCAGAACAUUUAAGCAGGAAGAACAACCUAGAUUAAGAAUCAACGCCUUGGCUCCAAAUUUCACUGCCGAGACCACACAGGGGAAACUGGAUUUCCACGAAUACUUGGGAAACUCAUGGGGUGUGUUGUUUUCGCACCCUGCUGAUUUCACGCCGGUGUGCACGACGGAAUUGGGUGCGUUCGCCAAAUUGAAACCGGAAUUCGACCAGCGUAACGUCAAAUUGAUCGGUCUUUCUGCAGAGGGAGUCGACAAGCACCAAAAGUGGAUCAAGGACAUCGAAGAGCUGUCGAACCUUGACAAAUUCUCGUUCCCGGUCAUUGGCGACAGCAACAGAGAGGUUGCGUUCUUGUACGAUAUGGUUGACGAGGAAGGUUUUAAGAAUUUGAGCAAGGGCAUCGUGCAUACGAUCAGAAGUGUCUUCAUCGUCGACCCUGCGAAGAAAAUCAGACUCAUGAUCUCGUACCCUGCAUCUGUGGGCAGAAACUCCGCUGAGGUGCUCAGAGUCAUCGAUGCACUUCAAAAGGGCGAUUCCAAGGGUGUCGUGACUCCAAUCGACUGGCAACCGGGCCAGGACGUGAUCAUCCCACCUACGGUCUCGGACGCAGAUGCAAAGAAAAAAUUCGGCGAUUUCAAGACGGCUAAACCCUAUCUACGUUUCACCAAGGCUUAA